AUGUCUGCAGGAUACUUCCCCAAACGCGAAAAGGUUGGCCUUGAGGACCUGUUCAGCGGCCUGGUCACGGCCUCCCACAUCCUGCACCACCAUGGCGUCUUCGAUGCGUAUGGACACGUCUCUGUCCGCAGCCCAGACAAUUCUUCGACUUUCUGGAUGCCCUGUAAUAUGCCUCCGGCUCUUGUGAGCUCUGCGGAAGACUUGGUCGAGUACAAGGUGGAUUCUGCUGAGGCAGUGGAGAAGAACGCGAAGCCUGGAUAUCUGGAGCGCCACAUCCACAGCGAGAUCUACAAGCGUUUCCCCACGGUCAACGCAGUGGUUCACUCGCAUUCUAGCGAUGUGUUGCCAUAUACUGUCAGCGGAGUGCCGCUCAGGAGUACAAUCCACAUGGCCGGCUUCCUAGGCAAAGACGUGCCAGUGUGGGAUGCUUCAAAACACUACCCGUCUGGCAGCAAGCAUGACUUCCUCGUCCGCGACUCGACCCUCGGCGCGUCGCUAGCUUCAACGUUCAAGCCUGCCACAAGUGCCGGCUUCAUAUUCUCAAAAGUCCGAUCGGCACUCCCAGCACAAGUGGGUGGUUCCCAAGGGGAACAACCCCUCGAACCUGAUCAUGCGGUUGUCCUUCUACAGGGACACGGAUUUACGACUGUAGCUCGUGGCAUUGAAGAGGCCGUAUAUCAAUCGAUAUACACCGCAGAAGCGGCCAAGACGCAGACGACUGCACUGGCGAUUCACAAUACACACUUUAGUCACAAGAUCGAAGGGAAAGUUGACGUUCAGGGCGGUGGCAGCAUCAAGUCUGCAAAGGCAAAUACUGAAGGCGAUUUGAAGUACCUGAGCGACAGGGAGUGCGCAGACACAUGGGAGUCGCUUCAAGGCACAGUCGCAAGACCUUGGGCGCUGUGGACCCGAGAAGUUGAGGUCAAUUCCUUAUACAAGAAUGAGUGUCCGACCGGCGACGAAUAA